AUGGAAAUUACAACAGAGGUCAAGUCCAAAACGCGGACUUCACCAUCAUCUCAGCCUGGUCAUCUCCUGACUGCCCCUGUUCGAGGCCAGUUCGAACCCGGGUGGCGCCCAUAUAAUAAUUAUGACGGCUCCAACCCGGAACAACACGGGGAGACUCCGCGUGCACCGCAUGUCUACAUCGCGCCACCACGAGCCAACCCGCAUGGCCCUGCAGAAGUGACAUAUGGACGACCUGGUAGCAUCACAGCGCCUCCUCACACUCGCACAGAGCCUCAACCACCGCCUGGAACUUAUCGGCCUGUGAAUUGCUCCCAAGAACAAGCGCAGCACCCGCAACCACCGCACCAACAAGCUGGACACCCACCUGGACCUAACAAAUUUCAACAACCACGUAUGCCUUACCCUCCGGAUGGGCGUCAUCCAAACGGCGAAACUCACGGAGUACCCAUGUACUCCCACGGGGAUCCAAUGCAGCCAAUACCUGCCUCACAGCCAUAUGCCCCUGGAGGCCAUAUGGCUCCUACUCCGGGAUUAUACGAAACGAACAGUUAUUUUAUUACACAGGCUGGGUUGCCUCUAGCGAACCGCCAACGAAGGACAACACGAGCUCAGCAGGCAUGCGACCAAUGCCGUUCACGGAAAGCGAAAUGCGAUGAAGGUCGGCCAGCUUGCAGCCAUUGCAAAGAAAGUAAUGUUCCCUGCGUCUACAAGGAUGUGCCUCCUCAGAAGCAAGAAAGGUCAACUCAGAUCAUCGUUGAAAGAAUAGACCGACAGGAGGAGACAGAAAAAGCUACCAGAGAAGAGCUUAUGAAACAACUAUAUGAGAUGAAAACUCUUUUGGCUGAUGUUAAGUCGCAAAUGGAUGCUAUGGCCGGUUCUACUGCCCCAAGAAAACUGAGCCAUUUGACUCCUCCUGGAAAAGUGGAGGCAAAUGCGAAUUUUAACUCACCAAAUGCCAGACUACCGGAAACCCAAGGCCCUGCUAAGCUUCCGAGAGAGGCGGACGUGGAUCGGGCUUUCUCUACUGUGGACGGCGACGAAACCCGGAUUUCAGAGGAGUAUAAAGAGUUGCAGGACCUUGAUGCUGGGGAGCUGUCCAUUCCAAUAGAACACACUACUGCUGCUCACAAUUGCUCCCUGAGAGGAUCGAUGCCGAAUACGUGA